CUGCAUCCGCGCGCCUGCCGCAGCUCCCUGUGCACGAUGUUUUUGCGAAUAAUCUGUUUGUUUCUGCAUGCGCUUUUUGUUUUGGGCACUGAGCUCACGUUUGAGCUCCCGGAUAACGAAAAGCAGUGUUUUUAUGAGAACUUAGAGAAGGGCGUAAAGUUAGAAAUAGACUACCAAGUUAUUGCAGGGGGUAACUAUGAUGUCGACUGUUUUGUCACAGACCCACAGUACAACAUGUUAUACAAUGAGAAGAAAAGACAAUAUGACAGCUUUUCCAACAUCACCACUAUGAAAGGAGUGUACCGAGUCUGCUUCAGCAAUGAGUUCUCCACAUUUACACAUAAAAUAAUUUACCUAGAUUUUCGCCAUGGUGAUGAGCGACCCUUGUUCCCUGACAUGACUCAAAGUACAACACUCACCCAGUCAGACCUAAAGAUCUUGAUCAAAAGAUUAAAAAUGUCCCGUCCUCUUAAAGCGUUGGCCCACGUGACACGGGCUGUAAAUGUAGGGCUAUCUAUUCACCCUACAGCUUUUGGACCUACAACCGGUUGUUACUACACACAGCAGCAAAGGAGGAACUAUGCAACUAAACGCAUCAAAGUGGAUAACCCAGUCGUGGAGAUGGAUGGAGAUGAGAUGACUCGAAUCAUUUGGGCAUUUAUAAAAGAGAAGCUGAUCCUUCCCCAUGUGGAUCUGGAGCUUAUGUACUUUGACCUGGGGCUGCCGUACAGAGAUCAGACCAAUGACCAGGUCACAGUGGACUCUGCUCUGGCCACGCUCAAAUACAAUGUGGCCGUCAAGUGUGCCACCAUCACCCCUGAUGAGGAUCGAGUUGAGGAGUUUAAAUUAAAGAAGAUGUGGAAGAGUCCUAAUGGUACCAUCAGAAAUAUUUUGGGGGGAACAGUAUUUCGUGAACCGAUCCUUUGUAAAAACAUACCCCGUCUUGUUCCUGGUUGGACACAGCCCAUAACCAUUGGCCGACACGCAUUUGGUGACCAAUACAGGGCUACAGACUUUGUGGUUCAUAAGCCGGGAAAGUUCAGGAUGGUUUUUUCCCCAGCGGAUGGAAGCCAAGCCAAAGAGUGGGAUGUGUUUGACUUUCCCUCUGGAGGCUGUGGAAUGGGAAUGUACAAUACUGAUGAUUCCAUCAGUGGAUUUGCUCACAGCUGCUUCCAGUACGCCAUCCAGAAAAGAUGGCCGCUGUACAUGAGCACCAAAAACACCAUCCUCAAGGCCUAUGAUGGACGUUUUAAGGACAUCUUUGAAGACAUCUUUGAAAAAUAUUAUAAAGAAAAAUUUGACAAGCUGAAUAUUUGGUAUGAACACCGUCUGAUUGAUGACAUGGUGGCGCAGGUCCUCAAAUCUUCUGGGGGCUUUGUUUGGGCCUGUAAAAACUAUGAUGGAGAUGUGCAGUCAGACAUCCUGGCUCAAGGGUUUGGUUCACUUGGUCUGAUGACGUCUGUGUUAGCGUGUCCCGAUGGCAAAACUAUUGAAGCAGAGGCGGCCCAUGGCACAGUUACCAGGCAUUACCGGGAACACCAGCGGGGAAGACCUACGAGUACAAACCCAAUUGCAAGUAUAUUUGCUUGGACCCGAGGACUCGAGCACAGAGGGAAGCUGGAUGGAAACCCUGAUUUAAUCAAGUUCUCCCAGAUCUUAGAAAAGAUAUGCAUUGAAACAGUAGAAAAUGGUGUCAUGACCAAAGACCUUGCCGGCUGCAUUCAUGGUCUGGCCAACUGCAAAUUAAAUAAACAUUAUGUGAACACAUCAGACUUCUUGGAUGCAAUCAAGACCAAUCUGGACAAAGCUCUAGAAAAAUUAUGAAUGUAGAUUUGUUCAACAGAGUAACAUGUAUUACCUUCUAUAAGUACACAAGCUUCUGUCAUUUUCUUAUCUGUACUGUUCAAUGAACCCACAUUCUUCUACUUGUUUUUCUGAAACCAUCUAUCUUUUGGAAUAGGAAUUGCAGCCUUGUAACUAUUAUUGC